UACAGCAGAAAAGAAACACCUGCGUAAACUCAAAACUACUGUACAGUGUCGUGUGACGCUGUGUUAUUUACGGACUAUAAUCGAUUUCUUAGCCGUAGCUAACAGUUGAAUUGCUUGGGAAACUGGAAAUAUAGGAAUAGGGCAUACGAGUGCUACCGAAAAUGAAUUUAGCAGAAAUAAAAAAGUUGAAAGUGGCCGAUUUACGGGCCAAACUCCAGGAACGAGGCCUGGAUUCGAAAGGGCUCAAGGCCGACCUUGUAGAGCGCCUAAUGUCCGCGAUUGAAGCCGAGUCGCAGGGUAGCGCGACAGGCGAGACCGAGGAUGAGAAGAGGCCUGUCGGAGAAGACGAAGGGAUGGAAACGCAGGGAGAUUCUGUAAUGGAUCUGCCCGCGUUGGCGGUCGAAACUGCAGCAGAAACGACUCAGCAACUGCCGACUGGAGUAGCGGAAGUUAGUCCGACAGUGAAAGCAAAUGAGGGAUUCACUGAAGUAGGCGGACUGGCCAUGCCCGGAUCCGGGAUUUCCGAGGAGUUGACCUCUACCGGAGCUCCCGGAGCUGCAAUUUUAAAAGCCGACUUUCCCGCAAGCUCUGUGCUGGGGCAGGAGAAGGUUUCACAGCAGAUAUCAGUCGAAAGCAGCCAUACUAAGCCGGCUCACACUGGGGUAGCAUCGGAGUCGCCGCUCAAAGCAUCACCAGAGCAGGGCUUGUUCCCGGUCCCAGCCAAAGAUCAUGAGAAGAAGCCCGAGCAGGAGUCGGAGUCUGAUGGCGCUUUGGUGGAAAGUUCCCCUCCGGAGCAUAUUCGGCGGGAACAGCAGCGAAGUAGUGAUCAGCCUGAGCUCCAACCGACGGCUUUCAACCAGGCCGCCGGACCGCGGACCGGAGUGACCGCUUCUCCCGGUAGUGAACCUCCGUGCCCCGAAGUCGAAGACGGCGAUGAACCUGCGGGCGUCGAAUGCGCCGAAUCCUGCAGUGGCGUGGAGGAGGAAGAGGGUCUAAACGGCGGCGCUGGACGGAGGGGCGAAGACGCGGAGGCCGAAAAGGGCAGCGAGGAAGAGACCGGCUCGGAGCCCGAGAAAGGCGAGCAGCAGAGCCGCAGCGCAGACUCCCAAGGGGCAGAGACGGCGGGGAGUCACACGGAGUCUCGGGGGCAGAAACGGCCCCAUGGCGAGAGAGGGAGGGGCUACUAUGAAUUCAAGGAAGAGAUCAACUACAACAGGGCCAAAUCCCCAGAGCCCGAGCCUGAGCUGGAGGAGGAGGUGGAUGAAGGAGUAGUGCGACUGGACACCUACAACUGCGACCUGCAUUUUGAAGUGAGCCCGGACGGCAGCACUGGGCAACCCCUGCUUUCUGAGAAGUUCCCUCUGCUGUGGUCGGGCUGUCGCCUGACCCACGGCGUUGACCAGGGGAAAGUGGGCUUUGAGGCCAAGUAUGUGAAGAAGCUUCCCGUGACGGGCCUUAAUCUGGAGGAGUCGGACACCCAUGUCCUGAGAGUCGGCUGGUCUGUAGACAACUCCAGCUUUCAGCUGGGUCAGGUGGAGUUUUCCUACUGUUACGAUGGGCGGGGUAGGAAGGUGACGGAGGGUAAAGAGGAGGAGUUUGGCGAACCCUUGUCAGAAAACGAUGUCAUUGGCUGCUACGCUGCAUUUUUGGACAGCGACGUAGAACUCUCCUUCCACAAGAACGGAGACCCCCUGGGCGUGGCUUUCCGCCUGUGCCGUACCACCCUGGAUGGCCGAGCCCUCUUCCCACAUGUUCUCUGCCGGAAUUGCUCCGUCUCGCUUGAAAUAAACUCGAGUGGAUCACCAUGGUACCCCAGCCCCGCAGGCUUCACCCCUAUCUCAUCCCUGCCUCCCGAGCUCAGGGUCCGGGCCCCGCUGCCCCCAGUCUCAAAGCGUGAUUGUGAGGUUUUGAUGAUGGUCGGCAUGCCUGGUGCUGGAAAGACCCACUGGGCCCAAACACACAUAGCCCAGCACCCAGAGAAGCGCUACAACCUGCUGGGCACGCGCACUGUCCUCGGAAACAUGCGGAGUGUCCCGAAUCCUGCACAGAAGGACCAGAUUCUGCAGCAGGCCACACAGUGUCUGAGCGAGCUCAUAAGGAUAGCAGCCCGGCGCCGCCGGAACUACAUCCUGGACCAGGCCAACGUCUAUUCCUCGGCCCAGCGGCGCAAGAUGCAGCGUUUCAGUGGCUUCCAGCGGAGGGCGGUGGUGGUUUGUCCGAAGGAUGAGGAGUGGAGGAGACGCCUGGAGCUGCACCAGCAGCAAGAGGGAGAGGAGGUGCCGGAAAUGUCCCUGCUGAAAGUGAAGGUGAGCUUCUCACUGCCAGAGCAGGGCGACUACCUGGAGGAGGUGCUGUUCCCUGAGCUGACCCGCAGUGAGGCCGAGAAGCUGCUGGCCGGAUAUAAAGAGGAGGCGCGGCGCCUGCUCCCCACCCCACCCAAGCGCAAGAAGCCCCGCACCUGGCGAAACAAGCCCCUCCCCUCUGGACCCCCAGGCCGUAACCAUAGAGACUGGGGCCAUGGCUGGAACAGAGGCAGCUAUAAUCCUCGCCCCUAUGGACAACAGCCCUUCUGGGGCCCUCAGCGCAGAGAGGACUUCCGGCCCUUCUAUGGUCAGCAACGUACGGAUGUAGACCGCUUCUACGGCCGUGAGUACAACCCCCAGAGGUACAGGGACUAUUACCGGCAGUAUUCUGGGGAGUGGAAUUCAUAUUACCAAGACCAGGGUUACUAUGGCAACAGAAACUAUGGCUACGGUGGCCGUCGAGGUCAUUGGUAAACGUAUCUUGGGGGCAGCUAAAACAACUUCUGUCCUUUUUUUGUUUUUUUUUUUGUUUUUUUUAAAUAACCAGUUUGAAAAUGUAUGUAAAUCUGUUUUAACAUUAAGGGAACGUAGUUGAUUUUAGUGAACAAUUUCUCUUCUGCUUUUAUUCCAAAGAUUUUUUUUCUUUUUUUAAAUUUUUUUUCACUAUAGAUUUCAGACUGGUUUAAAUGGUGUAACUUGUGAAGAGAAUGUGGCCCUACCAUGCUAACGUUUUAAAAUGAGGAAUGACAUGUUUUUGAGCUUGAGUGGGAAUUAAAAUAGUUUCUUUUUUUCCUCUUUCUGACAAACCAGCAACAAUUGGUCAUUUUUGUUUCCUCCUUCAUUUUGAAAUGUCAGUUUAUACUUUUGUUUUUUAUUUUUAAUUUUAAGCCUGAGCUGUCUUAAUUUGUAAAUCUAAAACCUUCCCCAGGAUCCCCUGGACUUUUUAUAUAGGGUAAAAUGUACAUAUUAUGCGCACCCCUCUCUCGCUUGUACAGCGCUUCGGGGGGGUUAGGUUCUGUGUUGUUCUGUAGGGUCACUCCCCGACCCUGUAUAUUGGCAACGUCAUUGUCACAAAGGAGAACUCCCACCACGUGGAGGAGGACAGGGUGGCUGGUGGAGCGUGACACUCAGCGACUGGAGAGGUACGCAUCACUGUAACCAUGGAAACCCGUCGGCACUCAGGGUAUGAUUGAUGCUGGGGAAUGCAGGCACCUGUGCGGUGAUGCGGGUCCUGAUGGGCUCGUAGUUGGCAGCCCUGUGGCGCCAGGCUGUACAUAUAUGCCACCCCCCCCCCCCCCCCCCCACAAUCACCGUAGCGUCCUGCUUUCACUUUUUGGGGAAAUCUGAAGGCCUGCAGAUGGCCGUGGGACACGUAUCGCUCCCCCCCCCCCAGCGUGAGGUGGCUCUUUGUCUGUCUGCCAGCAGAUGGCUCCUCACCUACAGACCUUUUCAGUUGACACUUUCAGCUCAACAGUCAGCUGAACUUUUUUUUUCUCUCUCUCUCUCUCUUCACUGUCUGCACUGUCAUUUCUUCUUCACUGUAGGAGAGUGGAGAGGUGCCACUGAAUGGGUUUUUCUAAAGGAGGGUUGAGGGAGUAGUUGGUAUAAGUCUGCUGUGUGAUGAAGACCAUUUUGUGAUGGUUUGUUCAUCUGUAUCCAAGACUCUACAGUAUCCUGUUCGUUAAUCCAGUGAGUUAAUCCCUCGUAAAUAUGCAGUUUAUAACCAGUUUCCCCUCCUUCUACGUGCUCUGCUUGACUGUUAGGAUUGUGUGGCUUUUGUCUAGAAAUACAUCAUUAUCUUACUACUGAUUAUCAGAAGCAAUAUGUAAGCUACUCUAUUUCAUAUAUCCGGUCUGGCUGGUAUUUCUUCCUCUUGCUUAUUUAGUUUUUAAAUUGUAUUUUUUUUAAUUGAUUUGAAUUGACUGGGUAUUUUUUUUUCCCACCUCUGGAAAAGUUAUGUAAAUCCAGUAUUAUGGGCAUGGUCUGCACAUUGGGUUAUAAUGUAAUUUGCAAAUUCAGAAGUAGUGUUGCCUCAAACCAACCUAUGCAGUUAAUGCUGUUGAGUUAGUAAGCCCCGGAUGAUUGGCUGCAAAUGUAAAAUCUUUAUAUGCCAUGAAGGAUAUUAAGUGGAGAGCUGCGGGCACAGAAUUGUGGGUAAUCAGUAUUGCAGGCGGCGUCCAAUGUAAAUUUAUUAUCUCUGAUGUUCGGGCAGCAGUUUCAUUUGCACUCGUGUGUGUUCAUGUACUGUGAGCUUUUUUUUUGCCAGUGGGGUGUGCACAAAGUAAAUGGUUUAUCUCCGAGCCCUGCAGCUCUCCUUCUGCCCCCCCAGUCAGAUCAUUGGUGACUCAAGGCUUUUCUUCCAGGGUGUCCAAGGUGAGCGAGCCCAACCAUUCAUUAAUGCUGAUAGAUAAACUUGUUAAAAAAAAAGUCUACUAGUUAAAGAGUAAAUGCAUAUACAUCGAUAUGACUAGCACAAACCAUGUUUUCAAUAUAAUUUUGGAGUUAAAAUUAAACUUAAUAUGUUCAUGUUCAAAUAGCAUUUUCAUCUUAUUGUACCCGCCUACCCCGGUAAAAUCGCCUGUGAGUUGCUUGCUUCUCCUGAGGGUUGGUCCACCUUGACAAACGUGUCCCACUGUUGGCAGUCCAGUCCCAUACCUAACAUUAGAUGUUGUACGUAUCCGGGAGGGAGGGGGGAUUCACUUUUAAAAUAAAUGACUUGCAUACUACUGAACAACCCAGCACACCAACCGCAUGCUGGAUUUUUGGGUUCACAUUUGCAGCUGUGUAGACAUGCGAAAAUGCUAUUUGUCUUAUUCAAAAAUGACUAUUUAAAUUUUGAUUGUAAUCUUUUCGAAUGAAUUGUAUUCUAUAUUGAUAUUGCUGUAAAUUACAAAUGUUCAUUCAACCUUUUUAAAGAAGGGUUUUUUUUAUAUAUGUGAGUUUGAAAAAGUGAUUGAGCUUAUAACUGCCCUUUGCACAGCCUCCUAUAAUAUUCAGUCCUAAAUUAGUUUUUUUUCUUAUUUUGAUGAGAAACAUGAACAUAAUUGUUAAUUGGAAACAAUGCUGUUGACUGAUUUUUUUCUAAAGCAUGAAGGCUGUUUUAAAAAGCCAAUAAAACAAUACUAUUUACUGAUUUUUAAAA